CGAUUUCAAAAUCGUGACUUUCACGUGGCAAAUUUCUACUGGUUCUGGUGUGAGAAAUCAAAACUUAUCCUUCAAUAGCUCGCCCAAUUCUCAUCCUAUCACCCCACAUGCGGAACGCCUAGUUUCCUAUAUGAAUACUCGCCCUGAAACUAUUCUGGGGUAUGCAAAGUACUUUGGAAAUUCCAAUGACGCCGUGAGUGCCCGAAUGACUGACAUCGAUUCAAAUGGCUUUGUUGUGAUUGCAAAGAAUGCGGACGGAGUAGAAUCCGAAGUUCAUGUCGUUUUCAAAGAACGUCUAAAUGAUUAUCAACAAGUUAGACCGGUACUGGUUGAAAUGGCUCGAGAAGCGGAGACUGCUUUGAAUUUGGUCCCUUAUUUUUUUUUGUCGCAUAUAAAUUUUGCUGAAAAACGUGUGGAUUUACCAAAUCAGCCGAGUACUCGUCCCCCAACCAUUUCGUCGGACUCUUCAUCGGCACGCGCCUCAUCUUUACAUACACCUUUCAAUCCACCUCAAUUAUCAAUUUAUAUCUUUCUUUUCUUGGUUUACGGUUUCUUCUAUUUUAAUGCAUACUCCCCUUCUCCGAUGCCCGGAUACAUUGAAUCCUUUAGGUUAACGUUUGGUCAGUUAACUUUUCACUAUAUUCUUAUUGGAAUCAUGAUUCUCCAUGUGUUCGAAGCUUUAUUGGUUGUAGUCGUGUUGGCAAGGAGGGGAGAAAGGGAUGCCAUGACUUGGAUAUUAUGGGUGGUAAAUUCUCUAAUAUUCGGUCACUCUUGGCGUUUAUGGACCGCCAAGAAAGUAAAGGUCAUUUGA